GUGAAUUCAAAUUUAAGGAAUACCUCCGCAGACCUAGAGGCUUUUUUAGCAUUUGAUGGAGUGACAACUUCUAGGUUUAAAUCUCAAUUGGAUGUGUAUUUGGAAGAACUCAAGGUGGAUCCUAAUGAAAAUUUAGAUGUUCUUGAAUGGUGGAAAGACAAUGCUAAAAGAUUUUCUGAUGGGAGUAUUUUUAAUCCGACUGAUAUCCCUGCAACCGCCCCUUGUUUUCUUCUUCCCCAAUUCAUGCGACGCACAUAUAUUCUGAAAUUUCCACGACGGAUUUCUGAUGAAAAACGAAUAGAAAUAAGCGCGUAGAUCAUUUUCCGUCUUCUCUCUUAAUUAUUGCAGAGCGAUACAAUGGAUACUACGAUCGUUGCCGUCGAAGAUUCUAGGCCUGCGUCCGGCGAGAUCGGCAGUCCUCCGAUCAACGGUGCAGUUACUGUUCACCCAUCCCCUGUCCCCUUCAGCUCGGCUGAGGCUACUCUAGGCCGCCAUCUCGCUCGCCGGCUUGUCCAGAUCGGCGUGAAGGACGUCUUCAGCGUCCCGGGAGACUUCAAUCUCACACUCCUUGACCAUCUCAUUGCAGAGCCGGGGCUCAAUCUGAUCGGUUGCUGCAACGAGCUCAACGCCGGAUACGCUGCCGACGGCUACGCCAGGGCGCGCGGUGUUGGAGCGUGCGUCGUCACUUUCACCGUCGGAGGACUUAGCGUCCUCAACGCCAUAGCCGGCGCUUACAGUGAAAAUCUCCCGCUGAUAUGUAUUGUCGGCGGCCCCAAUUCGAAUGACUACGGGACCAACCGGAUCCUCCACCACACCAUCGGCUUGCCUGAUUUUAGUCAGGAACUACGUUGCUUUCAAACCGUCACUUGUUUUCAGGCUGUGGUGAACAAUCUGGAGGAUGCACAUGAGUUGAUCGAUACGGCAAUUUCAACGUCAUUGAAGGAGAGCAAGCCGGUUUACAUCAGUAUUGGCUGUAACUUGCCUGGAAUCCCGCAUCCUACCUUUAUUCGUGAACCAGUUCCAUUCUCACUCUCCCCCAAGUUGAGUAAUACGAUCGGUUUAGAGGCAGCAGUAGAGGCUGCUGCGGAGUUCUUGAACAAAGCCGUAAAGCCAGUGCUGGUUGGAGGGCCAAAAUUGCGCGUUGCAAAAGCUGGUAAUGCCUUUGUUGAGCUGGCUGAUUCUUGUGGCUAUGCCGUGGCAGUUAUGCCCGCUGCUAAGGGGCUGGUUCCUGAACACCAUCCCCAUUUCAUUGGAACCUAUUGGGGAGCAGUGAGCACGGCUUUCUGCGCCGAGAUUGUAGAAUCGGCUGAUGCUUACUUUUUUGUGGGACCAAUAUUCAAUGACUAUAGCUCGGUUGGCUAUUCCUUGCUCCUCAAAAAAGAGAAGGCAAUCAUUGUGCAACCCGAUCGUGUGGUCAUUGCCAAUGGUCCUGCAUUUGGCUGUGUUCUGAUGAAGGAUUUCCUGUGUUCACUUGCCAAGAGGCUUAAACGCAACACGACAGCUUACGAGAAUUACCAUAGAAUUUUCGUUCCGGAAGGGCAGCCGCUGAAAUGUGAGCCAAAGGAGCCACUAAGGGUCAAUAUUCUUUUCCAGCACAUCCAGAAAAUGUUGUCUGCAGAAACCGCUGUCAUUGCUGAGACAGGAGACUCAUGGUUCAACUGUCAGAAGCUGAAAUUACCCCAAGGAUGCGGGUAUGAGUUUCAAAUGCAGUAUGGGUCGAUUGGGUGGUCUGUAGGCGCAACUUUUGGUUAUGCACAAGCUAGGCCCGAGAAGAGGGUUAUAGCGUUCAUUGGAGACGGUAGCUUUCAGGUGACCGCACAAGAUGUUUCGACAAUGUUGCGUUGUGGGCAGAAGACCAUCAUUUUCCUGAUAAACAACGGUGGUUACACAAUUGAAGUUGAGAUCCACGACGGACCUUACAAUGUCAUCAAGAACUGGAACUACACGGCACUCAUUGACGCAAUCCAUAACGGCGAGGGCAAGUGCUGGACGACCAAGGUGUUUUGUGAAGAGGAGCUGGUGGAAGCGAUCGAGACUGCAACGGGAGAGAAGGAGGAUUGUUUGUGCUUCAUCGAAGUGAUAGUGCACAAAGAUGAUACGAGCAAAGAGCUGCUUGAGUGGGGGUCUCGGGUCUCCGCGGCUAACAGCAGGCCUCCAAACCCUCAGUAGUAAAGCCAGCGACAUACAGUUGUUGUUUGUUGAAAUAACAACAAUAUGUGGGGAAUCAAGUCUCAUCUUUGAUUCUUGAGCAGCAGCUUUUGAGUUCCCCUCUUCCUUUUCUGAAUGUAUGUAGUUUAUUGUUCAACUGCAUCUUGUUUUUUUGGUCUUUACUAUCUUUUUUUUUUACAACAGUUUUCACCACAAUAACAAGAGGGGGUGUGUUUAUUACUGGAGCACCUUACCAAGUCUCCCUCGCUCUUUCGUUUCUGAAGGUGUAACAGUAUAACUACUGCAGCAUUAUUCUUCAUCUUUGUCUCUGAAAUUUGUUACGGUUUCCAUUGAAGUCUUUAAUAAAUUAUGGCAAGUUCAGUCUCAUGAAUAAUGAAUGGUAAGUAUGUUA